UCUCUAUAAAUAAGUCCUCUCCCACCAAUUUGGGACGACCGAUAGCUUUGUGCAUGUCUUUUAGCUGUUUCUUAUGAUCCCGCUUCUUCAAAAAUCUUGCCGCCGUUUCUGCAUGAAUGAAGUAGAGUUCGUGUUUUAGGGUUUUGGAAUUUGCUUUAGGUUUUAGCUUGUAUCUUUUUAAUGUUGCUUGGAGGUAGGGUUUGUAGCAGUUAAACAUUUCAGGUUGAAGAAGGCAUUGUGUUGCUGCAGGUCUUUCCAACUAUUUUUUUCAAGGUAGGAAACGGCAUUCCGGUGUUGGAGGUUUUUGUCUCAGUUGAUGAAUGUGGUGAUGGAUUUAAACAAGCCCCCUGAAGAAGAUGAAUCAUCCAUUCUUUUUAUGCUUUUGAAAGACGGCAAGCAAAUCAGCCAAGUUUCAUGCUCUAACACUCCGGUGAAAAUCUCUGAAUCCUUGCAUAUCAAGGAUAUUAAUCCUGCGGCCUACUAUCCACUCAAAACGUUGCCUCACAUUUACUUUCAUGCAGCUAGUCAGAACCGGCCUCAACGUAAUGAGUGGCAAAGAUUUCUAAAUUAUCUCCUUAAUAGGGACAAGGUUGCAGUUUGCCAACAUGGAAAUUGUGAGUUCUUGAUAGCACCUCCUGCUGGACAAGGCUCAGCUAAUUUGGACUGUGUUGCUGUUGCUUAUCGUUUUGGGGAGUUACCCAAGGAUGGAGAAUCUGGAGAAAUUUUGGUAUCUGCUGAUAACCGGACUAGAGAGUCUGUGUUGGUUCAAGGGGGAAGCGUACCUAAAUCUCAUACUCCUGCAUUACAUAUGAAAGGAUCACAGCUGAUUGUAAAAUCUGAAGAUGCUUGCUUAAGGCCACAGAAUUCCCAAUCACCAAGUCCAAGAUUGGUGAGUGGUGAUGCAACUUGUGCAAUUUCAAGGGACUAUAAAGAAGAUAGUUUGGAUAGUUGUCACCCUGUCAAGGAGCAAGCUUUGUAUCAAACAAUAUAUUCCUUGCCUGGUGAGACCAUGUUGGCUCAAGGGGGAAGUACACCUAAACCUCAAACUCCAGCAUUACACAGAGAGCAAUCGCAGGUGAUUGUAAAAUCUGAAGAUUUUAGAAGUGCGAGGGUCAGCACAGAAGAUGCUUGCUUAAGACCACAAAAUUCUCAAUCGCUAAGUCGAGGAUUGGUGAGUGGUAAUGCAACUUGUACAGUUUCAAGGGACUAUCGAAGAUUUGGUCUGCAUAAUCUUCACCCUGCAGAGGAGCAAGCUUUGUAUGAAAGAAUAUAUUCGUUGCCUAAAGAACCUCUAAAUUUUAAAGAGCAUAUGCAUAACUUUUCAGCUCAAAUACCACUUGAAAUUCCCCACUAUAUGCAUAACUCUUCAGGCCAAAUACCACUUGAAACUCCCUGCCAUUCAUCAAGGGAAGUCGAACAAGAUAAAUUAGGUACUCCGCGCUAUUCAUCAACGGAAGUCAAACAAGAUAAAUUAGGUACAGAUCGAGUCAAGGGCAGGUAUGAAGUGGAUCCUGAUUUCUUUAAUACACUUCGUCACAUGCACAAUGGAUGGCCUUUUGGCGCUCUUGCGGAGCUCAUUGAUAAUGCCAGGGAUGCUAAUGCUUCAAAGUUGGAUAUAUCAAUUCAAAUGGAAUUUAGUAAAAAUGCUGGACAAAAGAUACCUAUUCUGUCUGUCAUUGAUAAUGGUUGGGGCAUGUCACAUUUGGAUAUUAAAAGGAUGGUCAGUAUUGGGCAUGGACGGCCCACUAAGGACAACAGGGAUCACAUUGGAAGAUUUGGAGUUGGAUUCAAGACAGGAACCAUGCAACUUGGAAAGGAUGCAAUUGUUCUUACUCAAUGCAGUGAAACUCGGUCAAUAGCUUUUUUGUCACGUUCAUACAAUGAAAAUAAGAAAUGUUAUCAGGAUCUAGAUAUUCCAAUUAUAACAUAUCGAAAGGAGGGAGGGUGGAUGGAUUUUGACCUUGAAGUACAUAGUGAAGCUGAAGCAGAGACUGACUUGAAAUCCAUUCAGGAGUACUCACCAUUCAAUGCAUAUACCAUUGGAAGCAAGUUUGCAAGCUUUGCAGAGAAUGGUACUGGGACACACAUUUAUAUCUACAAUCUAGCCCGAUGGGGUUCAGAGUACACUUUAGCCUGGGAUGAAAAAUGUAAUGAUGAGAGAAAUUUAAAAAAGAAACGAGAUAUCUGGAUAAGAUCAAAGCGGGUGAGGAAACGGGAGGGUCAAAUUAGUCGAGAGGUACCUCUUGAUUAUUCUCUGCAUUCCUACUUGGAAGUUAUGUUCCUUAAUCCUCGAAUGAAAAUAUAUGUACAAGGGACAAUGGUUAGGACACAUCCACUUGCUAAGUCACUCAAUAAAACGAAGGUUUUAAGGGAUGUAAUCCUAGAAAAAAAUGUUGAGCUAACUUUAGGACGAAGUCAAGUGGAAAAAGAGCGAGGAAAUUGCGGGAUGUUUUUAUAUUGGCAUGGUCGACUAAUUGAGGCAUACAAAAGGGUAGGAGGAAUGGUUCAAAGUGCAGAUAUGGGUCGUGGUGUUAUUGGUGUUAUAGAUGUCACUGAUCUCAUGAAAGUUGGUGAUCAAGUUAUGAUUCUCCCUACCAAGCAGGGCUUUCAGGACUGUGAAGAAUUAGAAACACUGGAGAAAUGGUUAGGAUGCAAGGCUGAUGAAUAUUGGGAUGAAAAUUUUGAUACCCUAGAAUUGCAGAGAGAUAAUAGCAAAGGGUACAAACCAGACAAUGAAUGGGUUCAAUGUAAUAAAUGUCGAAAAUGGCGAAUACUCGAUCCAAGUUUCAAUGCGGAAAAUCUACCUCCUGAAUGGUUUUGCUUUAUGCCUCCUUAUAAAGGUGAAUGUGAUAUUCCUGAACAGAAAGUUGAACAUGGUGUAAUCACUGUGAGUGCCAAACGUUCUUCUGGUGGCUUUUCCAAUGCUCGGCAAUCACAACCUGUGGAGGAAAUGAAUGUAACACCACUAGAUGAUUCUAUAGUUACUACUAUUAGCAACAAAGGCGAGAGUGAAAUUUCUACAGACAGUGAAGAUGAGCCCGUUGUUGAGCUUCCUGUGGCAAAACGUACAUUCAGAAGGCUUAGGCGAGGGCCACCUCCAUCAGAGGGUGGUAUUGCAAAAAGGUCGAGGGUAAAGUAAUGGACAUGCAUGGGACAAAUCAACUUGGGUAUCCAUUGCUGACUAUUGUGAAUAACUGCUGGUGUAUUAUUACUGCUUCACUUGUAAAUGUUGUAUUGAUAACUGUUCUCACCGUGUAUACAAACAUCUUGUUCAGUUUCUAUCAGAUGGGAGAUGCAUGUAAACCGAAGAUCAAAACCUGAUUCGGGCAUUUAGAUUGCAACUUAUAAACUCAAUUUUGUACAGAACAUUUGAUGUGAUAUCAUUUGCAAUGCAUGUCAUUUGAACAUGCAAUUGCAAUUGAUAAUCUUGUUCUAUUUUAGUGCAUUGAAGUAUGGAAAUUUGAUCCGCUGCAGUUGAUAUGUGGUGCAUUUCACUACAUCACAUAAUGGCAUUUUGGGCAGUUAUAUAAAGAGAUCUUAGAUCCACGUAUCUAGAACAAUGUAGAUGAAACCAAGAUUCUUCAAUGUAUACAAGUGAUUGGGAACGCAAGUUCUUCACCCAUGUAAUAUAUUUAUGAACCGGUGAUUGUGUACAAAAUUUGUUAAUCAUGGAGAAACCUACGAUUUAUAUCAAGAAACAAGACAGCCACGGGGCAGACUGUAGGCCCCAGAAAUCUGCAUUUUGCUUAGUUUCUAUGUUAGAUUAAGAUAAUCCUCUUGUUGACCACUAUAGGGGCCAGUUAUCUUCUCUAGUGGAUGUACUUAUUCAUCUCUGCUCAGAGCUAGAGGAUUUAUAGCUGAGCGAGAAAAGCUGUUUUAAAACUGGUUUGUAUUUUUGUUCUGUCAAUAUAUUUAAUAUUACAUUUUUUUUGA